AUGGCAGACGACCUCCUCAAGGCGUUUGACACGCUGCUCGAACGGACAGUGGUCAACAGCCGCCUCUCUGGCAGCAAGGUCAAGGAUCUCCAGGAACUUGCCUUGAAGGCGGUAGCACAUGACCACGAGCUGGUGACAUCGCUGCUGAAGCUAAACACAUCACUUCCGCCUGCAAGCACCGCGCGCAUCAGCUCGCUCUAUGUGUUUGACGCGAUCGCUCGCGCUGCCAAGGCCAAGGCCGCGGGUACGCAAGUGUCGACUGACCGUGGCCGGGGCACACCCGCAGGCCUGCUAGCCAAGAUGGAGGCCGUGGUUGACGAGUGGAUCCAGGGCAUGGUCGACGAUGGGAAAGGAGGGGUCUGGUCGGACGGCCGGGACAAGACGCGCAAGGUUGUGGAAAUCUGGAGGAAGGGCUCGACCUUUCCCGACCCAUGUGUCAGUCAACUAGCAGCUCGGAUCGCGGCUGCAUCAACACCAGGAUCACGCUCGCCACUUGGCCCAGUGGCACAGAAACCAGCACGUUCCACGACACCGGUCGAGCCACCACCGUUCCACCUCAUCGAGAGAUACGCGCGCACGAUGGGCGGCACGCCUAAGUCGCACUCACCCGCGCCUCAUCAGCAGCAGGGUCAGCUUCCGCCAGAAAUCAUGGCCAUGCUAGGCGUCGUCAAGGAGGAGCCUGAACCUGUCGCCGCUCCGGUUCCGCAAUCCAAUGCUGCCCUCGACGCCGUGCUCGCCAACGUGCGGAAACCCACAACCCCGAACCUUGACACUGCGAGCCUGGCUGCACUCGCAAACUUGGGCGCGACUCUCGGCCAGAAACCGCAACCGCUGCAGCCAACCGCAACACAAUCGCUCCCCCCGCGUCCCAAAGAUGACCUGAACGGCCACCCACCAGUUGACCGCAGCGGUGACGGGCGUGAACGUCGGCGUUCUCGCUCACCCGACCGCUGGCACGACCGUCCGCGGGACGACUAUCGGGAGCGUGAUCCGCGGGGCUUUCGUGACCGCGACCCAAGGCGUGGGAGCUGGGAUCGCGACCGCGAAGGCGACCGCGACCGUGAUCGUGACAUGCGCCACAGAGACUUCGAUCGCGACUCAAGACGUGAUCCUCGCGAGCGCGAGUACCCAACACGUGACCGCGACCCGCGAGAAUACCGAGACCCGCGCGACCGUGAGCGCGACCGCGAGCACAAGGAUCAUGGCCGCGAUCGUGAUUAUCCGCGCGACCGUAAUCCUCGCGACCCGCGCGAAGCGCGUGGAUGCGAACCCCGUGAGCGCGAUCUCCCCCGUGACCCACGUGACUCUCGUGAACCCAAGGUUGGUCCUCGCGAUCGAUCGCGCGACCGUCCCCCAAGCGAGGGGAGGAGCACACUGCCCCCGAAACCCGACGGCCUUCCGCCCCGCCCAAUCCCGCAGAGCGCCAAUAUGCCUCUCCCGCGUCGCGGCUCACAGUCCCAAACUCGCGAGCGGGAUGAGACCCGUAAUGGGGGCUUCCAGACUGGAUCGACGCUAGAGACCUUUGACUGGUCAACGUUCAACGCCGGCGAUGGGGCCUGCUGGGCUGCUCUGGGAGAAGCGUGGCGCGCGUCAACAGGACAAGAACCCAACCAGAUGGAACUCAUGCAGUUCAUGGUGGCGCAGAUGAGCGGCAUGGGUAGCAUGGGUGGUACGGGCUCCGAGGGGGGUAUGGGUAUGGGUAUGGGUAUGGGUAUGGGUAUGGGUAUGGGUGGCAUGGGUAUGGGAGGUAUGGGUAUGGGCGGGUUCCAGUAG